UUUCGUGCGAGAAAGAGGACAGCACAUGCUGCAACACAAGAGAGCCGCCAAGUGGUUCUUGGCGUUCACGUUAAUGACUUGCAUUGUGAUGUUUCUACUGUACAGCGAAUUCCGAGAAACAGAGAGCAAAUACUUAAACUAUUGGAAGACUGAAAACAGAUUUGAGGCAUUAAAAUACGCACGUGUGGAGAGCGCAAAGCAGACAGCAAUAACUGGCGAACAACCGCAGCCCUAUCUCCCAAGAAAACGUAAGGCCGACUGGAAAACAACGUGGUUCCAGGAAAAUCUAGUUUUUAGAAAUCAAGUUCUAAGAAAACCUUCUCAAAACUCUCGUCGCCAAUACAAGGUACUAAAGUUUACAAAAAAGAAAGGAACAAGAACCAAGAUCCAAGAAAAAAUAACAGACACGAGACUUGAUGAUUUUGAUUUGAAACUCGAGGGUUAUGGAGUUAAAAGAAGUUUGUAUUCUUCUUGCGGUGGUCAAUGGCUACACCGUUACACCCGUCUUCAAAAUCGCAUCAUCUCAGGUCGAGAGAAGAAGCGAUACUUGGUAUAUAGCUGUCCUGGGGAGGGUCAUGGCUGCUUCGGGUACGGAAAUCGUAUUCGUGCUGUAAUAGCGCUGUUCUAUCUCGCAGUUCUCACCGAUCGAGCGUUUCUCAUUGACUGGACUACACCGGAGCCCCUGGAAAAACACCUAAUGCCAAGAGGGUUGCAAUGGAAUUACACAAAGCCGCUUGAAUGUCGCGAAAACGAGACUCAAGGAAUACGAAGGCAUUACUGGGGAACUCAUAAACUAGCGGAGAAACAAAAGAACGGUUGGCACAUUGAACACAGCGAGGGAUUUACGAAAUGGUUCACUCGUACUGAUUUCGACAAAUAUUUCGAGUUCCCCGUCGAAGCGGUAAACACCAUAUGGUAUUUUGCCGAAAAAAAUAUACCUAAAAAUAAAUACCUCAUGAAAAGAGCUAGGGAACUAGGAGUGAAGCCAUUGAUACAGCCUGAUGUGACGUAUGCCUCUCUUUUCGGCUGUGCGUUCCAUUUUCUUUUCAAGAAAUCUCCAAUCAUAGAACACUACACACAGAAAAUGGCGGGAAAAAUGCGAAGCACAGGGUACCCGGUUAUAGGCAUGCAUAUUAGGACUGGCGACACUGCGUUUACCGCGAACCAAUCAGUUCCAAAUAACAAAGGUGUCUUGGGCUUUUUAAAGUGUGCGGAGAGGUUCGAAAGGAAUCUUGGGCCAAAAGUGUUUGGGAAAACGAAAUUGUUUCUAGCGACUGAUAGCGGCUUUGUUCGAGAGUUUGCUAAACAGCGAUACCAAGCGAAAGUUCUAUCAACCAACUUAACCAUUGAACACUUAGAUAAAACUAUAGCAAAGAAACUGAGCAAAAAGCAUGUCGCAAACCAUAAGGCAAGCGCGGCAACGAGUUACAAAUUGCGUGCAAUGGUAGUUGCAACACGAGGGCAACUGUCAUCAAAGUCAAGUAUGAAUUGUACAAAAAGUAAGACAAAGUCCCCGGUGCAUGCUUCCAUUCAGACUAUAUCCGGGGUCUCAGAAGGCAUUGUCUCAAUGCUCGUCGACCAGUUUCUGCUCGCAGAAUGUGACUACCUCAUCAUCUGCGACAGCAGUUUCAGCUAUUCAGCGGUUGCUAUGAGCAUGCGCAAUAAAAGUGCGUUUGCAUUUGGUGACGAAGAUUGUUCAAGCUUUGAACAGAUGAACUCCAAAACAAAGCUGAAGAAUUUUUACUGAGUGAAUAUGUUAACAGAAUUCGUUUUGAAGUUGUAUAAGUACUGAAAUAUUUUACACAGUCUUUGUUACAGGGUCCAGGGAAGCAUCGUCCUUCUUUUUUCAGGGAGAAUACAAUAGUUCAUAGUAAGAAUCAGAUUGUAGUUAGAGCUUAAAUGUAUAGUGCUAUUUUGGCAAGCGGUUGCGCAAGCUCAUGAUUACCAGUGAAAAGGAACUAAAAAAACAAACAAGAUAAAUGUUA